AUGGCGUUUGGAAGCGCUAUGCUUCAAAUAACUUUGGCCGCUGUAGUCCCCCGCCAGAGCUCGCCUUCAUCCCCUUUCGCGCCGAUUGAUCCUCAGAACUGGGUCAAUCCGGACAACAUGACCUGGGACGAUUAUGUUGUGCCGCCAACAACAAACUGGGGAGAUCCGUCGCGCAAAGGCCGAGACCGCAACUUCAACAUUGCCAUGGUCACGGUUGACUACCCAGACUCGCCCUUUGUAGUCACUCUACCCGCCAACUCGGAUAUCUUUGGUAACCCGCAACCGUUGGCCGCUGGCAUGAAACGUGAGGAUGUGCCCAAGUUCUACCACGACUUUCUCAAUGUCCCCAACGAUCUCAAUCAAGGACACACGCUCCAUGAAUACUGGAUGGGCGAUUCGUUUGGGAAGUACGGUGUGGAUCUGACCGUGUUUGGCCCAUAUCGCAUGCCAGCGAAAAGUUACCAGUAUGGCGUCGAUGAUGAGGAGGGUGGUUUCAACGAAGGCGCGUGUCCCCAAGGCCCGCCAUGCUCAGUAGAUCUUCGAACCGAUGCACUUGGUGCAUGGCGCGCUGAAGUUGGGAAUGAGACUGCAGAUGCGUAUGAGCUGGCUUUUAUUCUAUCAGCUGGACAGGACGAGUCAUCAACAUGGCAGGAGUUUGGCGAGAUGAAGUUUGCAUCCAAAGAAGACGUUCCAGAGGCGUUUGGGCCGCCCGCCAACUCCUCGCUCCCAAAUUGGGCCAAGACACGAUACGUGGAGUGGUCUUCGUGGGCUUCAGCGUCGACUAUUUGGCCCAACGCCGGAAGCGGUUCUUCAACCCAGGGCGAAUCAAGUGGUCUGGCUACCUUUGCUCACGAAUUGUCGCAUCUUCUCGGCAUCGGCGACAACUACAAUAAUCCGUUCAGUAAUCCUGCCCGCCGUUCAUACACGGGCCCAUGGAGUAUGCUUUCUCGGGGUAGCUUCAAUGGACCCGGCGGACCUCAUACACGCUGGCAGAUUCCUCCGGUAAAGGGCGGGUCCAUGGGCUCAUUGCAUUCGAUGCGCGACAAGCAUCAGAUUGGCCUUAUCGACUCCACACCUAUCCUUCAGGUUUCUCGUGAUGGACUCGCCGCUUCCGGUCCGGUCGUUGCGCAGAUUACGGCUCGCUCCGUUGACCCUUUCGGCACCCUCAUGGGUUUCAACAUCUCUUUUGGCGCUGCGGGCGAUCUCGCGCCGCCUUGCAACACCACCACCGAUCCGCUGUGUGAUGGCCGUGGAUUCAACAACUACAACCUUGAGGUGAUUGAUCGCAUGGGACCAGACUCCUUCUGCCCCGACUCCGGAGUCAUGAUCAGCAAGACAAAGGAUAGCGACCGUGUCCAGCCUUUCCAGUGGACAAUUGACGCCAACCCCCAGGACGCACGACAGAUUGACUUUUACCUGCCCAACGGAACCGCGAGAUACUGGACCAUUGGCGAUUACAGGCAAUUGGCCGACGCGCUGUUCCAUGCCGGCACAAACUCUGGCUCGCAGUACGAGUACAUCGACGCGCCAAACGGCCUCCAUUUCUACAUCCUCGAUACCAUCCGCGAUGACGCUGGCGUUCUGCACUACACCGUCGGUGUCGCAUCGACCGCUACCAACGCCACCACUACCGCCAAACACGGCAUCGAGCUUGGGUCCGGCAAGGUUGCAAACAGCUCCAGCACCGCCAGCGGCACGUACUGUACUUUCGAGCUCAAAAACACUGGUCAGGCCGCUAUGCUAAGCACGAAUCCCCAUCCUCAGGAUCUCUCUGCUUACCUUGGAUCUGACAUCUUCCGUCUGGAGGCAAAGGUUGAGGGCGAGGGCUGGAAGGUUGCGUUACCCAACGCAUUGGCGUACGCUGGAGCGGGUAAACAGAAGAGUGUCAAGGUGGCUGUUGGUCAUGGAAGUAGUGCGUCAAAGGAGGCUACUGUGACACUCACGGCCACGAGCGAGAGCGACAAGUCUGUGUCGCGUGUUAAGACGUGCAAAGUACGAUUGUAG